AGUGCACGCGGUGACGCCUCCACGAGAAGACCUUUGUCGCAAUUCGAUCCUUGGUCUCCGUCGAGUUUGACCGCCUCUAGGAACGCGAUAAUACAGUAAAGUAACGAGAGAAAAAAUCUUGGUCUCUCAAGUGCCAUUUAUACUUACAGUCACUUCCGUGAGAAGGAUGAAGUAGCGGACAGGGAAGAUAUCGAGUAACUAGGAAACUGGUCAAAAGGGUUGAAAAAGGCAGCACAAUGGAUGCCGAGGCAGCCCUUCUCGAGGGUUCCCCGACGCUGUCCGUCAUCUCGUCGCCGAACUUGACGGAAUCUAAAUAUCCGGAUGGUGGGCCGCCCUUUUCGCCGGAUGAACGAGAGAGCCUCACUUCCACGAGAGGGUACACAAAAGUCCAGGAUGAGAAUCUGACCCCUGCACUGAGCCCGAGGCACUCGACACCCCCGAAUAAGCCAAAGCUCCGAAUACGGUUGCCUUAUCUGAUGAUCUGCGUCAGCAUAAUCGAGAUAUCCGUACACUGCUUGGGAGACGAAGCCACCUUGCGAACAUGGCUGGUCUACGACCCUCAACAACGCAUUCAGGCCUGGAGGUUCGCCUCCUACAUGCUUCUACACUCGAAUGCCCUUCAUCUGUCUCUCAACGUCGUCAUACAGCUGGUGCUCGCCGUCCCGCUGGAGGUAGAACAAGGCUGGCUUGGGGUGGCAGCCGUGUAUCUGGGUGGAGGCAUUUGUGGCGCUCUUGGGGCAUCGCUUCUUCAGCCAACUCUCUAUCUGGUUGGAGCUUCCGCUGGAGUUUACGCGCUUCUUACGAGUCACCUGGCUCACUUAUACUUGUGCCACGGCGAGCUGCCGUACCCCAGCUGGCGGCUGGGCGCCAUUCUUCUCUUGGCUGGUGCUGACAUAGUCUCACUUCCGGUUCCGGCAUUGCUAGGCUGUGGGCGAGUGGGAUGGGCGGCCCACGUUGCAGGGGCCAUAGCCGGUCCUCUGCUGGGCCUUGCGCUGUUCCCGCGUCAGAGCAAGAAGGAUUCGCGGGGCCGGAAGUUCGUCCGAUUCGUCCGUUUCCUGGCGGGACUCGGUGUGCUGCUCUUGGUCUUCGGGGCGAUCCUUGGCAACAUCUACCUGAUCGCUCUUCCCCAGAAGCGGAGGGCCUCCUGACAAAAAACCGAGCUUUUCGUACGGUUCUGCAAACGGUCCUUUCUCAUCGUCAAGAUCAAGGAGGCUGCGGAAGUGAUCUACGAAUGAAGCGUCGAUCUUCGUGGAUACGAAUAUCCGCUCGAAACAGUUCACCGAAGUAGGGAAUUUCGACGAUUGAAAAAAAUUUAACGACGGUAUGUAAGCGGCUGUGUGUACUUUGCGUCGCACUCGAGGUGGACUCAGCGCUGGUUUUAAGGACUCUACCUUUAUAUAAACCCUCCCUAAAUCGCAAUGUACCCGUUCUAUAUACUUAUAUAUAUGUCU